AUGUUUAUAAUUACUAAUACUAUGCCAAUAUCAUAUAAUAUAACUAAAUUAAUUCCAACAAUACUAGAUCCCAAUAUACAUAAUCCCGAUGCUGAUAAGUUAGUAUAUUUCUGUGAUUCAUAUAAUUUAACAUUAACUAAAGAAGAUACUUGGAUUGAUCAAAUUUCAAGUGGGUAUAGAUGUGGGAAACACCUCCUAAAAAAACAAUAUUAUAACACAACAACAAGUAAUAAUAAUGGUGAUAUAGAAUCAAGUCAUAUAUAUUCAAACGGAGAAACUAAAACUGAAGAUUAUAAUGAAUACCCCACAGUUAGUAAUAUUGAAACACCAAGUAGUGAUGAAAUAUCAUUUAGUAUAUUUACUGAAUCAGGAGGGAAUAUGACAACUAUAACAAAUCCAUGUUUUAAAAUUGAAGAAAUAUUUGAGAAUAAUACUCUUUGGACUCUUAAUAUUGGAAGAGCUAUACUUUGUGGUAUACAAACACCAUUUGCUGAUUCAGUAAUACUUGAAAGUAAAAAACAAGAACUUGAAGAUCAGUUAAAUAAUAGUAAUGAUGGGAAAAGUGGAUCUAAUUCAAAUGGAAAUGUGGUUACUAGUAAUGCUGAAGGUUGUGGAUCAACUAGAAGUGGGACAUUAUUUAGUGGAAGAGCAAAUUUUAACAAUAGAAGUAUUCAAACAACAAAAGUUAUAAUGAUUUUAUGUCUAAUGAUAUUCUAUUCAAUUGUUUAA